AUGGGGUUCCUACUUCUUUAUCCGAUUAUAUGUUGGGUGCUAAUGGGAAGCGUCGCCUCCAUCUACGACGACAACUUUGCGUUCACGUUUAAGGAGGUGAAUAAGGUACACACGAUCAAAAAUGAGGUCCUCAAAUUUGAAAUAGAUCUCCUUUUAUCCUUCAACGCGAAAAAGACUGCAAAAGAAUUUUUCCUAACGGCGUUGAUCCCUGCCAAAAACCUGCGUGUGUUGGCCUUCCAAAGAGAAGACGACAAGGCGGUGCAGGAAAAUGUAGAGAUUCGCCUGAACAAGGAGGCUCUGGGAGAAAAAGACCCAUGUGAUUAUCUAAUCACGUCCAAGAUGUACCUUCUGAAGCUCUCCACAGAUGAGCUUAAAAAAUUCAAAAUUUAUCGCUACCCCUUUGAGAAGAAAGAGAAGCCUCCACCUGUCCCCCCCCAAUAUGAAUACUCGGAGCACUCGCUAAAGAACUUCUUCCCCAGCGAUGGAACCAUCCACUCCUCAAACUACUUUUUAAAAAUCUCUGUGGAGGUUGCCAGGGGGGGGUUCAGCUCCGAUGGUAUCUGGAUUUUUGCCAUAGCCGAAAAGAACAACUCUAGCACGGGGAACCAAGAGUGCACAAUUUACUCGAAUCAGCUGGCCGAGGUGUUUCUCCCUAUGGUUACUCACAAGGACCUCUUCCUCCUGUACUGUAACAGUGCCACCAACGCGGAGGUUCUCAACUUAGUUCCAGAAUUGAGAACAAAUUUUGACGUUAAAAUAUUGGCCAGCAAAACGUUUUAUGGGGCUCAGGGGGUGAAGUACACGGUUCAAAUGAGCUUAGACAAAAUUGCGCCUGCGUUGAAGUUGGACCAAGUGGUCAUCCACCUGAAGAUGCCCCCAGACCUCUGCUACGCCAACUCCUGCUUCAGUGCAAACAAGGAGGACCCCUGCCGGAACGUCAAGGCCGACCCCUUCGACCAGUGCGCCUACACCUUUCGGAACUACGAGUUUGUCUUGAAGUCGAGUGGGGGCAAGGACGUGAAAGACCAAGUGGAAGUGCUGCUUGAAAACAUUAAUCACCCCCUCAUUAACCUGGAGAGCGAUAAAAACUGGACCAUAAACCUCCUGACCGUUGACAACUCCAACUUCGUCAUCAGGCAGGAACACCAAGAAAUCCUGGAGAAGGUCUCCAACGACCUGUGCUCUAAGAAGUUCAUCAGAAAAUUUGUGAACGUUCAUGCGGACAGCGUCACGUGGAUGAAUUCGCAUCUAGCGGUGGUUCCCACGCCGAAGUUGACGCCCCUCGUGGUGGAGCCAACCGGCGAGCACGGCGUGCUGGAGAACCCCCUGCUAGUCCAGCUCAAGCUGCGUUUCCCGGAGACGCACCUCUUCAACAAGUGCAUAGUGGAGCUCAAGACCAUCCACACUUUCGCGUCAGUCACAAGCAGGAGCGAACAGCGACUGGAUCGCCACACCUUGAAGUUGAUGUUACCCAAUUCGGCAUUCAAACCAGUCCAAGAUGAUCAGCACCGUUUGCAUAUCCACAAGAAAUCCAUUCGAAACAAUGACUUAUUAAAAUUCCCCCUCAAUGUUACCAAAUAUAACAGUAGAGACUACUGGAAGAUCACGAUUAGUUGCCUAAAUAGUGAGAACAAAUACAUAAGGGAGGCACAGGCCUUGUUUACAUACCCAAUCGAAAAUAAGAAGAUGUUCCUAAGUGACCUUUAUUUUGGAGAAAAGCUUGCCAACAAUACUUACCUGUUUUACCUGAAUGUUUUCCUCUUCGAUGAGAAGGAAAUAGAAAUUAAAUUGUCCCUCCAGAAUGGGUCCACCUCUUUGGUAGCACCUCUCCCUAGCCCAAUCGAGACAGAGAAAACGCACCUAACGGACACAUGUGACGCUUAUGUGAACACCUCCUGCUAUGAUUUAGUGUACCAUGAAUGCUCCAAAGCGCAGCAAACCAUUUUGUACAAAAUUAACUCAUACAGAUCGACGAACAAGCACUUCACUGUGUUAUUCCCACUUGUCAUUCCGGAAGGAGAGAAACAAUUUACCUUACAAAUGAGUGUUGAAACGAAGAAGCAUGCAAAACGUGUACAGAGGGAUUUACACGUGGACAUAGACCAUAUAGUAACUCAUAACAGCAAAGCGCCUUGCGUAAAUAACCUUAUCAUAGCAUUGAAAAAGUAUCAAUCGUAUGAGUCCCACUUAUUUCUUCUCUUCAGAGCAGUGAACUGCUAUCGAGUGUAUGAGCCCUUCCUCAUUAAUCAUCAUAACAGUGAAGGCUUCCAUGCCAAGACGGAUUCAUCACAGUCUGGAGACAAGUUCACCUUCCAGAGAACGUACAGACAGACAUUCUCCGACAACUACGAAUCAGUAUCGCAGCUCAUUUUUGACCAUCACCUAGUUAGUGUCAUCACCAUUAUCCUACUUGAUGAAGCGUUUUUUUUAAAUUCAAGCAUGCCAAGUGGAGAAACAGAAAUUGUAGAAUUUUUAAAAAAAAAAAUUCUCCCCCUUCCUUACAAUAAAUAUUACCUAGUUAAUUACUCCAACCAAAAUGUACUCAUCAGUAUGUACACAUAUGUCGAUGCUGACAAGGUCAAAAUAGACAUUGUCCAGAAAUCUUCCGACAUUCAACACGUUGUGGCAGCUUUGGAUAAAGUCAUCUCCUUUGCUGAAUAUGUGAAGGCGAAGGAGACACACUACAUGCACAGCGAGUACAGCAUUUUAUUUCUAACCGAUACGGAAGGAAUGGACACCGUGAGAGCGGCUACAAGUUCAUAUGUCAAAAAGGAAGAUGAUGUGGAGAAAUUUUUUUCCAGGAUUUAUGUCCUAUCCUUUGAAAAAGGGGACGACUUCUCCAACAAUGGUAUACUUAAUGAGUCCAUUCAGAAUGUGCAACAUAUGUACACAUACAAAAACAAAAAGACGGACCAAAUUUUGUUCACUUCGUUUCAAAAUUACACGGUUGAUGAGAAGCUUAUGGUACACUACGCCAAGGCCGUCCUCCAAGAUUAUCUCCUCCUCCACACACAGAUUUAUAGAACGGCGUGGUACUUAAUAGGAAUAUGCAGAUACAACGUCGUGAAGAACAGCGACGUCACUCGAAAACUGGACUUGUUCUACGUUGACAAGAACGUUAAAACUGUCACGUAUUCCAUUUCGGCCGAUGAAGCCAAGACCGUGCUCGACAACUCCUCCUCCGAUUCCUACCAGGACAUGUGCAACAUUUUCACGCAGCUGCAAUUGCUGGGGCAUAAGUAG